UAAAAUUUAGUUUCCGGUUUGGGGCUGAGGCCCAUAAGUACUGAUGAUAACACACUCCGAGUAAAUAAGAGAAGCUCAGGCAUGAAGAGCUAUCAAGAGCAACCUCGUUCAAGCUCUUCUUGUGCAGCCUGCAAGUUCUUGAAGAGAAGAUGCACACCAAACUGCCAAUUCGCACCCUAUUUUCGUUCCGACGAGCCGAAGAAGUUUGCCAAGGUACAUAAGGUGUUCGGAGCUAGCAACGUGAGCAAGAUCCUAAACGAGGUGGGCGAGGAUCAGAGAGAAGACACAGUGAAUUCCCUCGUUUAUGAGGCCGAGGUGAGGCUCAGGGAUCCUGUCUACGGCUGCAUUGGCGCGAUAGCGUUGUUGCAGCAUAGGAUGGUGGAGCUACAACAUGAUCUGAUUCUUGCACGAGCUCGUCUUGCUAGCUAUGUUGGCCACCGUUCGUUGUUUCUGGAUGAUCAUGGGGGUUCAUUAAUGGCUCCUUUUCUCGACAUCCCAGAGUCCAAUUCACUGCCAUCUGAUCAGUUUGGUCGAUUCCAUUUUCCGUAAAUUUGUGUGCGCGCAGGUGUUUGUGUUGUCUGCAGGUGUUUGUGUAAUGCACUAUUGGAUUUAUCAUGAGAAGAUUAAUUUUGAGAGAAAUUUUAAGGUUUGGGUUUGUGUAAGAUUGAGGGCAGCUGUGGAAUAUUGAACAUGAGUUUGGGUAUGGUUUAAGGUUUCAUUUGUUAAAGAUGUAUACGAGGAUGGAUUGGUUUCUACUGUACUUAUCCACUAUAAUUCCUUUGACUUCUCCUCUCUAUACAUAUUUGAUGAGACACACACACACAGAGGUGUUUUAGUUCAUUUUAGAAUUGUAGGAACCAACAUAAAACUCUGGAAUUGGUGUUUAGUUUCUAAAUGAAUUAUGGCAUAAUUUCUACAUUAUAUGGGUUCAUCUUAUAUUUUAGUAUCAUGUUCAGCAUUUCAUUAAUGGAUGAAGUUUCAGGAUCUGGAUCUUAUGUCACAACGUUUCUGUUUCAUCUUAUAUUAAACUUUACUAUGAUAAUUAGAUGUACUAGAGAUACUUUUUCUUGAGCUACAAUUUUCCCAUGUCUUCAUUUUUGUUCCAGUAAGCAAUGGAUCAAACUGAAAGGGUCCAUCCCCCUACUAUACCACUUGGAAGGAAAUCUGGCCAACGCACUGCAAUCUAUCUCAUUACAUAUAAUGCCACUCAACUAUCUUUUGGCUUACCCAUGUCAAAGUUGUUCCAAUUAUCAUAUUUUUCACAACUUUGAACUGAUCAUAAAUUACAAAAGCGACUACUGUAUACUAAUUAUCUAAAAAUGGGGGGGCAAGCAUACAAAGAAAGAAAAUUUUUAGCCAUAUAUAUAUACAAUAUAGUUAUUAUAUAGUUGGUAAUUCUUUUUUAGUUCGUACUGCAAGCCCACGACAAAUAUCGUUUAACUGGUUAUGGUUCAGUCAAAUCUAUUAUACAUUGCAAAUUUGGCUCUAAACCCUCCAAUCCAUCGGCAAUUGGCAAACCCCUUUUCACCAUCUCCUCAACCACCACUUUGGCCUCUGCAAUUCUCUUCAUAUUCUUCAACCUACGCCCCAGAAACAAAAAGUUCUCUGCAUCCAAUUUCUUGUCCCUGCCGGCGAAUAUCCCCACGAACUCCAACGCCGCCCUAUCACAGCGACAUCGCAACAUCUCGCUUAUAAUGUGCGUAUAUGUGGAGAACAACGCCGGCACACCAUCCUCCACCAUUCUCCUCAUCAGCACC